AUGCUUAUCGCCCAACCGUUUCCUACCAGUACCCCUGCUGCCCCUUCUCGAGCUGAGGGCCCUGCUGAAACCAACGCAGCGAAGAGUCCCGCCGUUGCUGGGACGAAAAGCAUCCGAGAGGAUCUUCGGACGCUCACGCUCACUCCGCAACCCCUCGCCAGGUUCCCUCUCGAUAAAGAUUUGUCCUCUGAGGACAAUCAUAUACCCCCCAUACUUCGAAAUGCUCCCAGCCACCUUCGCAGUUGGCUCUUGGACGUCACGGUUAACGAGGAGGACAAAUCAUGGGUUCAAGAGCAUUACGAAGAAGUCGUCGAGGCCAUGCCUGUUCGACUCGAAUUGUGGGAAAAUAAUAUAAUUCUACAAAUACCAUCUCAAAUCCAUCAAUUCGCCGGUCGGGUCAUCCAGAGGGCAAUGGAUAAAUAUGAAUCUGGCACCCACUCUCUCACACUUAUGGAAACUGCUGAUGUCCCUCUUUCUGAUAAGCAUUGGAAACAGUGCGACAUCCAAAUCUAUGACUUAGGGCCUCCACCUGACAAUGCCAGCCCGGCAGUCCGAAAGUCUUACUCGUACCCCACUGUUGUCGUCGAAGUCGGAUUCUCUGAAUCCGCCGCGGCUUUAGAUUUCGACGUUGCACGAGCUCUCUGCUUGACGGAAGGGAGGCUGUGGAUCGGCAUUGCCCUCAAUAUCGGCAAAGGCCGGAUGCCUGUCCUCACCAUCAGUGUCUUUUGGUUUGGGCUAGACUUGAUGUCAGAAGAGAAGGUUGCAGAAGAAAGGAUUGAAUCCAGGUCGAGUGUAUGGCCGAUACGAGGGGCAUUGGGUACCGGUCACGUAUCAAGACCAAAGACGCUACAAUCAUUUCUUGGCCAUCGGGCCAGAGACAAUCGAAAAAAAUGGGGAACGCGGCAAACCGGUCUACUAUUGUGUGAAAAAGGAUUCCUGGGUAAGGAUGGGCAUGGCCCUGAGCAAGAUAUCAUUAUCCAGGAGGGGUAUUAUAAGCGUGCUUAUAAGGACUAUGAUGCUCCUGCUCUGACUAUCCCUGCUGAUGAAUUGUGGAAAGCCCUGUUGAAAUGUAAAGAAGUAACAGGAGUGCUAAAAAGUGAUAUGGAGUCCUACAAAAAUACUGGUACCACUGGGGAACCCGACGCCGAGGAUUCCGAGCCAAGUGAAAGGCGGCGGCAACGGGUAGUUAUGGAGGUUGAUUUCGACGCUCCUGUUCCGAAGAAGUUGAAACGAAGCCACUGA